AUGCCCAUCCUUGCCCUCCCUCUGCGCCGUUAUUCCCUAAUCUACCUCAUCCUCAUCUGGGGGUCGAGGAUAGUUUCCGGUGGGGAUUGGGAUUCAGAUGGACUGGAGCACGACGCCUGGCAGACCCUCCACGACCUGCCACAUCAGUACGAGUAUUCCACAGAUCAUGGCGGAGCCUUCAAUGAAGCACAUCCACCCCAGCCUGAAUGGCAUUCCACCAAUUUAGACUUUUUCUCCUCGUCAAGGCCAGAACCUAGCACUUGGGCCCUGAUGUCACCGCCUCAUCCUUACCCAGCUAGCCCAGAUGGAAUAUUGCGAUUUUUACGCGACCAUGAGAUGCCAACGGACGCCACAAAUUCGAUCUUUUUCUCCUCGCCAACACCAGAACCCAACACUUGGUCCCUGAUGACACCGCCUUAUCCUUACCCAGCGAGCCCAGAUGGAAUAUUGCGAUUUUUACACGACCAUGAGAUGCCAACGGACGCUUCUACCUUCAGUCCAGAAGAUCCUUCGACUAGCUCCCGCAAGAAGCCGAGGCUGGGUGACUUUAGCUAUGAAAUCCCAAUCACGCCGCCCAGCACAGAGACUGGCCAAAGCGCGUCCCUUCAGCAUCCAGGCACUCGGCCGACGACACAAAAUGGAAAAUUUGAUGAUAUUUUGAACACCCCCAGAAGGCCAAGUGAACUCUACAUCAGUUCAAGAAACGGGGCAUUGCAAACAAUCUUUCUCCAUGAUUCUCUUGACACAUUCACAAAGCGGUCAGAGCAAUCCGUCAAGCCCACGCAAAUUAGAGACCUGAUCUACGGACACGGCACAUUGCCGAUUGGGAUGCACGUGUCGAACGGGGGAUCGAGCAUGCAAUUACGUUUCCAAGACCCUGCAACGAAGCAACUUCUGACCCUGGAUAAUAAUUGGCUCUACACGGUUUUGAUAGCGUGGCUGUACGAUUUGCAUCAAAGGAUUUUAGACCGUGCCAAACUACCCGCAUACGCCUACAGGUUACAGCACGGCAAAUUGAUUGACUGGUUGAACAAUCAGAUCUUCACACCUCCCACCGGUCGUCCAAUCAUCGCAAUGUACAAGUCAUCAAGUCCUUUUGACUGGAAUUCCCAUCAAUUCAGCCCUAUCCAGUCUCAGUUGAUAAGCUACUUCGGCCAACCUUUUAGCGCAAAUGCCAACCUGUCAAAUAUUGCCACGAGUCUACUCAGAGAGUUUCUGGACAAGUGUGAAGAUGAGUAUCUAGCAUCAAGUUACGAUCCGGAAACUUCAAUUCGAGAGCCCGAAAACCCGGUGACAAACUUGUAUCAUCAAUUCAGAGGCGUUUCUCAGCAGGAUAUGACCAAGUCUCAGCUGUGA